AUGUCUCAAGCCGUGCCGGCCGAAACAGCCAGCACGAGUACGAGAACCGAAAACCACACAACCACUACCGACAAGGAAGAGUCUUCGUCCACCACUGAAACCACAUACCCUACAACAACCACUAUUGAGAUACUUACCGGUACUACCACCACCACUAUAACAAUUACCGGCACACCGAAGCCAUAUACGACAUCGACAGGCACCAGCAGCACUACGUCAGACACGUCCACAGAUGGAGAUCCCACCCCCCAAGCAACUGUCACCAUAUACUCGCCUCUCCCAACAAGCAACCGAAGUGGAAACAGCCUUACAACAGGUGCGAAGGCUGGGAUUGGAAUUGGCGUUGCCCUCGGAGUCCUUUUAGUCAUCCUUGGAGCAAUGAUCUUCCUCCGUCGUUACCGCGGGUCAGCAAAAGGAGGAAACACUGGCCGAUCAGAGUUAGAUAGUGCUCCAAUUUCCGAGUCUGCAAACAAGACUGAUUCGCCUGUUGAGAUGGAGGCUACGGAGCGCCGUGUAUUUGAGCUCCCAACUAAGAGUGGCCUAGCAGAGUCGGGCGCUAACUGGCAAUAUGCUAUAGACCCAACGUCAGUGGCAAUCCAUCAAGACUACAACCGCGAUGGACAACUCCGGAAUCCCAUCUGGGCUCAGAACGCCACUCCCGUCGCCCUAUUUGCGGACGCGUGGUUGGUCCCCUGGGAGGAGAACUUGGGAAACGCCCCGGUGUCCCCUAAAUAUCCCAACGUCACUGGCUCUCCUAGUAAGAUCCGCUUGAUCCCCUACGGGUCGACGAAGUUGCACAUUGCCGAUUUUCCCAUUGCAGUACAGUCGUCCUAG